AUGGCUACAAUGAAUAGUGAUCUUCUGAUUACGAAGACGACGGUGAUUCUCGAUCAACCGUCAGAUUGGCAGAAGUGGAUCUUCCUGCGCAAAGAUAGCGCGCAGCGGAACGAUCUAUGGGCGUACGUUAACCCUAACGUUGCGCUAGAAACGGUACUUAAGCUCGAAGAUGAGAAGCCCGCAAAGAAGGAAGCAGGUGCUUUCUACGGACGGGAGCGACAGGUCGGCAUAGUUUACGACCUCGAGCAUCUCGAUGAGCACGAAUACCGGAAGUACUCAGCUUGGUACACUAGUUACCAGAAGGAACUAACAAAGUUCGAAAAGAAAGAACUUGCUUUAAGGCAGUUCAACAGCGAGAUCGCGACAACGAUCUCAGAGCGUCGGCUACAUUGGAUCAUGAAUCUAGAUACGCCGCACGCACGAUUGAGGAAACUAAAGAACCAGCUCUGUCCAUCGACAGCAGAGCGAGAGACUCAGCUACUCUCGCAAUAUAUAGCGCUUCGCAAGAUGCCAAAGCGCGCUAAUAUCGAAUCCUGGCUCGACAGCUGGGAGGAGCUCCUUGAGCUCAUGGCCGCGGCUGAGAUGGCAGAAGUGAAGGGUACAAGGGCACAGCGGGACUUUCUCGACUCAGUACAAUCGACUGAUGAUUCAUGGGCUACAUCACAAAGGAUUAGCAUGAUCACAAAGCAAGAGGAAGGAGAGUCCUUCUUACCAGCAGUUGAUCUUGUGGGGCGAUUUCGACUGUACUAUCGUCAAAUGAAACCAGUGGCUUCAACGCUAGGAACCUUUGCGGCGUUAGGCGACCCACAGGAAGUAUCCCAACAAUCUCAGAUAUCCCAGGAUACUGAUAAGUUUCGAAAGAUUAACUGCCUGUGUGGAGAGAAGCAUCGCUUUAUUGAUUGUCCGUACGUCAACUCAGCAAAGCGUAGCUCUGGAUGGAAGGCGGAUUUAGAUAUGAAGAAGAAAUUCGAUACCAUCCGAAGCAGAGGCGAAGGCAGCAGAAUCUCAGCCGUUUUGAGAUCAGUAGAAGCAAAGCUCGCUAAGCAAGGUCAGCAGAGUAAGCCUCAGUCAGCUGCCUUUGACGAUGGAAGCACGAAGAGUGGUCGGAGCUCAAAUGCAUGUCUCCAAGUAGAGGCUACUCAGCAGCCUUCAUCGCUACUAACGCGAUGGAUACUCGACCCAGGAUCGAACCUACACGUGUCUAAUCAUCGAAAUUUGACUUGGCGCAAGCUUGCAGAUGCCAACGCCCAUGAUGAGAUCUUGGCUGGAGGUCAGCGUAUUCCGAUCAAGGAAUGGGGUGAGGUUAAGAUCAUGAUUAACACGCCGCACGGAACAUCUCCAAUUAAGCUUACUUGGGUAGCGUAUAUCCCGAGCUUCUUUACCUCUCUUGUCGCUCUCUCACGAUGCCGUACGAUGGGAAUUGAGUUCGACUCAGGUCGAGACUGCCUAUACCAGAAGUCGCCAAAGAACGUCGUGUGUAAGCUUAGUCCCGAAGGAGGGCAUUGGCUGAUGGAUUCGGACGAAAAUGAGAGACCGCGUGUAGAAGACCUGCGGUCUACGACUGUAGCAGAGUCUACUAGUGUAGCAAAGUCUGUUAAUGCAGCAGAAAAGAGAAGGAUUCAAGCGGUGAAACCAUCAUACGCUGAUCGACGACCGCUUGAGCUAACGGCGGAGGAAGCCCAUGAGAUUUGGGGCCACCCGAGCGCUAAGGUUAUCUCAAAGCUCGAGCAGGGUGUCGAUGGUGUAAAGAUUAAAGAAGGCACAAUAGCGCCAACUUGGGAGACCUGUACGACAUGUAUUGAAGCAAAGCUUCAUAAGUUUAAGAGCAGAAGGCCUCCGCGAGAACCAGCCACCCGACCAUUCGAAAGAUUGGCUAUCGAUCUUGUACAGCUGCGUAAGACAGGCGAGCGCUGCUAUAACGGUGACGUUUGGCUAUUACAUGCGGUGUGCCAGAAUUGCAAGCUCCACCUAGCCGCAUGCCUACCAAACAAGUCAGCACCAAUGCUCUUAACGACAAUCGAACGCUUGCUAGCACGAAUUGAGACUCAAUAUGGUGUCAAGGUCCGCGCAAUAAAGAUCGACGGCGAGCGAGGAUACAGCUUGCUACACCAGCUCUUUCUUGACCGAGGUAUUGAGAUUGAAACAAGAGCUCCGUACACGGAGGAGCAGAACGGCCUCAUCGAGCCACAGUCCGCAACAAUCAAUUAA